AUUGCGCUCCACUCGAAAACAACCGCGCCCGCCAGCCACACAGUCCCGAGCAGCCAGCCAGUCGCCUCACUGCUCCGCAUUGCCCGGCGCGGGCCAUGGCACUCCUGCUGCUGCGCGGCUGCCUCGCGCCGGUCAACACCGCCGCCCUGCCGUUCCGGCCAAGGGAGGCGACGAGCCGGCUUGGUUACCGCCGGCCGUCCCGGUUUGGCGCGGUCGUCGCCUCGGCCGCCGCGGCCUCGCCGUCCGGAGGCGACGGCUCGACCGCCGCGGUGGACGCGGUGCUGCGUGGCUCGGAGGGUUCCAACGCCAAGGCGCGCGACUACGGCGGGACCAACGGCGCCGUCGUCUCCGGCACCGCCAGGUCCACCUCCAUCGAGACCACCGUCGAGAGGAUCAUCUUCGACUUCCGGUUCCUGGCUCUUCUCGCCGUCGCCGGAUCGCUGGCGGGCUCCCUCCUCUGCUUCCUCAACGGAUGUGUGUACAUAAAAGAGGCCUAUUGUGUCUACUGGACGAGCUGCGCCAAAGGUGUCCAUACAGGGCAGAUGGUCCUCAAGGUCGUCGAGGCCAUUGAUGUGUAUCUUGCUGGCACCGUCAUGCUGAUCUUCGGGAUGGGUCUCUACGGGCUGUUCAUCAGCAACGCGUCCAACGAUCUGCCUUCCGGAUCCGACCGGGCUCUGCAAGGAUCGUCGCUGUUCGGGAUGUUCGCUCUGAAGGAGAGGCCGAAGUGGAUGAAGAUCACGUCCCUGGACGAGCUCAAGACCAAGGUUGGGCACGUCAUCGUGAUGAUCCUGCUGGUGAAGAUGUUCGAGCGGAGCAAGAUGGUGAAGAUCACCACGGGGCUGGACCUGCUCAGCUACUCGGUCUGCAUCUUCCUCUCCUCGGCCUCCCUCUACAUCCUGCAUAACCUCCACCGGCCCGAGCACGAGGAGUCGGUGAUGCCCCACUUGUAGCUAAACCGUGCCAGCCGGUCAUCAGACGCCAUGGCCUCGUGGUGUUCAUGUAGGUUGGUAUCUGACCGAUGCAUCGAUCGACCCUGAUGUGCUGAGAGCAGAAGGGAUCGAUGCGCGGUGGUCGACCGGUUCAUCGCAGAGACGAGCACGGCGAACCUCUGUACUAUAACAGUGUAGGAACUAAGGAAGAACUUUAUUCAAAACAUUCAUAUAGCACAAAAUCUCUCAAGUUUCAAA